CAGUGUGAGUGCUUUACAGCAUUCACAAAACUAUUUUUCAAAUACCCGGUAAUGCCAACCGGAACGGAAUGUACUAUUGAGAGUUACAGUUAGUUACAGUUGUGGACCUACAGUUAUUCUAAAACGGGCAGACACACUGGACAAACAACCAUGCACGCACACACUCAAUAUUUUAUAUUCAGACAUUUAAUCUUGGUCAGACUGCAUUUACCAUCGACCACCACCUGAUGGCAGUAAUAUUUCGACUGACACUCAGGGACAUAAAAGUGUUAUAUUUCCGGUUCCGGUGGCACAGUGUCCUUCUCAUGCAGGAGAAAUGUUGUCGCGGAUUGGGCUCGCAUUGCCUCGGACUCUCCCUGUUCCACCAACCCGCUUUGUAUCCCAGUCUAAAGCGGUCAGCGCGACAGCUGUGACGGAGCUGCACCGCCCCGAGAAGCAGGCUGGACACGGUGAGGUCAGCCCGUAUGUCAGGAAUCCAGAUUACCAUGGCUUCUCCAGUGAUCCUGUGGAGGAUGAGUGGAACAUGAAGGUGGGCUUCUUCUUUGGCAUCUCUGUGGCUCUUGUUAUCGGAGGAACAUUUAUCCACUAUUUACCAGACCACGGUAUGCGGCGUUGGGCCAGAAGGGAAGCAGAGCGGCUCAUCCAGCUCAAAGAGAAGGAAGGUCUGCCGCUCAUCGAGGAAAACUACUACGACAUGGGCAAAAUUAUCCUGCCCUCCUCUGAGAAGGACUAAUUCCUCCUGCACUGUUCCACUGUAUUUCAUGGUUAUUGUAAAUCAUUGAUAAAAUAAAAGAUAUUCUUAUUGGAUUAUG